CACCAUCCAUCCGGGUCCAUCCCCUUCUCCACUCGGGGCCGGGCGCUCGGGGCUUGCCCGUGACCUUUUUCCCCCACCUCGGCUCCCGACCCAUCCACGCCCCCGUUCCCCGCACACCGUCUCGCCUCCUAUGGCCUGCGCGUCCCCACGAGGGCCGCCGCCGCCAUGCCUCCCGCACACGAGCUCGCGGCCGCCGCCGCCAUGCCUCCCGCACACGUGCUCGCGGCCGCCGCCGCGACCUCCGCGCUCGGCGUAGCGCUGGGGGUGCGCCUGCUCGUCGCCCUCUCCAGCUCCCGCGCGCUCAAGCCGCUGGCCGACGCCACCUCCGCCGCCGUCGCCGCGCUCAGGGCGCCGCGGGCCCUCGCCGCCGCGUCCUCCCCGGUCGCCGCAAUCCUCGCCGCCUCCAAGGCCGCAUCCAAGUCCUACAAGGCCGCCCGCACGCUCGGCCCCGCCGCGCACCUCCCCAAGCUCCCCUCCUCCAAGCGCCUCAAGGCCGCCUUCGCCGCAGCGUCGCUCCUCCGCCUGGCCACCGCCGCGCCGGCCAUCCCCGCGGCGUCGCCUGCCGGCGUCGUGGCGCUCGCGGUGCUCAAGUCGGGCUACAAGCUGUCGAAGAACACGUCCAAGAUCGUUGAGGGCUUCCUCGGCCUCCAGGUGCACAAGGGAUUUAGGAACGGGAUCGAUGCGCUCGGGGUGGUCGUCAAAGUCGCUGUGAUCGCCUCCGAGGUCGCCGUCUGGGUCGGAGGGCAGUUCUGGGGUUAUGGACGCGGUCGAUGCGUCAGGUUCCUCGGCUUCACCAGGCCGGGUAGCUUAGCGCUGCUUGGGUGUAGCAAAUCUGAGCCCCAAGCUGUACUAUUCGAUCCCGUAAUAGUUGAGAUGGAUGCCGAGGGUUGCGAAUUGGAGGAGCGAGGGUGCUCAGAAUUGCUGUCCCUCGCUGUGCCCUUGCCCCAGGUGACAAAAUUAGUGAGUUAGCACAAUUAGGACACAGCUGUUGUACAUUUGCUUAUAUCAGGUUAAUUAUGUAGAGAUGGUCUUUUGAUCGAGUGCUUUCAUCUUAGUCCUUGUAUGUCCGACAAGUUUGGGUGAAGAACUGUACAUUUGUGUUCAGUCAGAGUUGUAAUAGUACCUUGUCAGUUUCACUGGCAAUUGUUUGGAAAUUUGCACUGAUUGUAGCUUAGCUGAAAUUUAGUUUUCUAGAGUUUCACAUAGCCGACUUGCAUUGUUCUAUAUCUCUUUAACUUUGGUUGCCUAAAUGAGAAGGGGUAAUGCUUAAACUUCA